AUGCUGAGGCCGAAAUAUCUCCGUCUUUUACUCGCUUUUCUACCUUUUGCAGGAGUAGCAGAAGCAGUUGAGGAUGAAGAUGACAAUACCGAUUUUCUCCUCAAUGUCUUCUCCGAUGUUGGCCCGAUCCUCGCACUAUUUGGUGAGCAAUUCGCUCGCCAGUUCCUUAGUGGUACUUUUACGUGGGAAGACCAUGUGAUCUUCGCCUGCGUUCCACUGGGGAUCAUGACUGCAAUUGCUGGUGCAAUACGCGUCCAGGGUGAUAAAAUGCUUAAAGCCUUCAUUGGACGCACACGCGAAAAUUAUGCUGCAGCUGAGAUCGGCUUUAUGUCCUCUACUUCAAAUGAGGUCUGCGAACUAUCUAAUGGCAAGGAUAUCAUUAGGACAAUGGGAGUAUCGCACAGCUAG